GUAAAUCUAUGGCAGCACCCAAGGGAUUUUGAACUUUCUAGCGGUCCCUGUAUAUUUUGCGGUGAUGUAGUGUCCCCAAGAGCACCAGAACACUGAGCCAAUCACGGUGCAACUAGAGAACAUUACCAAACCCUACGCUCUGUACUUCCCCCUGGAUGCCCCACCACAGAAAGCACUGAGCUAGCUGAAACACCUGCAUUUUGGAGCUUCCUUACUCAAGAAAGCAAGAAAGAGGCCACGUUUGUAUGCAGCUUUAUUAGCUCAAUGCCUUGGGAAGGUAGACUGCUGAUUUCACAAGUUGUUGCAUCCAUCCGUAAUCAGAUUAACAAAUACAGUAUGAAUCUAAAUUCACUCAUGAAGAUGUGUAGGUAAUAGUGAGUUUACAAGGCUACAGAAUGGAAACAAAUGAAGAAAUAGACAGAAGUCCCAAGACUCUGCACAGCCUAAUGGGAAAUAAUCACAACAGGUGUGUUCUCUUCUAUUCAUGUCUUACUUUUAACUGGAUUGGUGGACGUCACUCCCCAAAUAAUAUCACUCCCUGUGUCACCAGACAAGUUACACUUCUUUCUUACACUCAGGUAUCUUCUGAAAUCUUGUACACAUGGUCUACAAAGGUCAACCUAAAAUGUGCAUGUAAAAUACAUUUGAAUCUCCAUUUCAUUAUGUGCCUUUACAUAAGUGAGCCCUCCUUUACUGUUCUAGGAAAACCAGAUAGGUCACAAGUGCCUUUGGGGAGGUGGGAUCACAGGUUUCAGUGGGGUAGGAGGGGUCUAGUACUACUGCUGUUAUGUCAGAGAUUAGAGCAUUUAUAAAGCCAGUAAUCACAAUGCUUUUGUGAGUUUGUUCCAACCUGCAGUGCAGGAGAAGAAAAGGGAUGUUUCAUAUUUAAGGUGGAAAGGAAGCUUGCACACUUCGGACAUGAGGAGAGGGACAGCUCUUGCAGUGUUGGUGCUGGCACUUUUUUCAUCUGCUACAGCAAAGCCCAAAAGUCGCUUCACACGAUAUAUAUCAUGGAAUAUGAAAAUGUAUCCAGUCUGGAAAGAUGAAGAUCCUCGGUACAAAGACUCUUGGAAAGGUGGCAAGGUGAAGUUCAUUGUGGGUAAUGAUGCACCGACCCUGACUGGAGCCAAUGUGACCUUUACCAUCGAGCUGCAGUUCCCACACAACCAGAAGGUCACGCCUGAUGGAGAGGUGGUGUGGGCUGAGAACUGCACCGUCAAUGGAACAAAUUUCCAUCAGUCUGAGCCAGUGUAUCCUGCACAAAACAUGGACUGGAAUGAUGUCUUUCCUGACGGAACACCCUUCAAGAAGGGUGGUGACAAGCCCCCUGCAUAUGUGUUUGUAUGGAAGACAUGGGGUCAGUACUGGCAGGUGUCUGAUGGCCCAUCCUCCUCCCUCACCAUUGGGACAGACAAUGUCCCUCUGGGUUCCUACAUCGUGGACAUUGUAAUCUACCACUACCGCAGCCAUGAGAAGUUCAUCCCUCUGGGAUACACCUCAACACAGUUCUCCAUCACUGAUCAAAUCCCCUUCGCAGUCUCGAUGACCCAAGUGAACGACAUCAACGAGGCAGACCUGAGCUUCGUCCAGAACAGAGCCAUAGCCUUCACCAUCAGCCUCCACGACCCCAGCGAGUACUUGAGUGACGCCGACAUCACCUACAACUGGGACUUUGGUGACAGCAGCGGGGCGCUCAUCUCCAGAGAGCUGACUGUCACCCACACCUAUAUAGUGGCUGGUGGCUUCAAACCCCAGGUGGUCGUACAGGCCGUUAUCCCUGAUAAAGCAUGUGCCACACCAGCUGGUGUCAACCCCACUGGUAAUGCUGUCACCAUCGGGCCUGCAAACCCAGCCGGCACAACAGUGAGAGCUCCUGCUGCUGAUGCGUCAGCUGCUCCAGUGAUGGUGGCCACACAGGAAGCUACAAUAAAUGUAGGCCCAUCAGCUCCCGCUGAGUCUGACACAGAGGACAUGACUGAGGAGGGAGCCUCCACCACUCGGGACAGGAAGAUACCUUCUCAAGUUAAUCCUGACACUCCAACUGUCCCUGCUGCUGAGGAAUUAGAGCCAGCAGGACAGACUGCUACAGGCCAAGCUCCCAUGGGGAUAGUUGUUAAGCGUGAAGCCAAUGACAAACCCAAGGAUGAUGACUGUGUGAUCUAUCGCUAUGGGUCCUUCUGCACUGGCAUUGACAUCGUUGAGGGCAUUGAGAGUUUGAAGAUAGUGCAAGUGGACAAUGCUGUGAUCAAGAUGGAUGAAUCUGAGGUUGAACGAAACGUAGUGGAUCUAACUGUCACCUGCCUUGGGAGCCUUCCCACAGAGGUGUGCACGGUGGUGUCCGAUGCAGACUGUUUUAUGCCCAUCCACACCAUGUGUAACACAGUGGCCCCCUCUGAUGAGUGCCAGCUGGUACUGCGUCACUUUUUCAAUGACUCCGGCAUCUUCUGUAUCAACGUGUCCAUGACCAAUGAUGUCAGUCUGGCAGUCACCAGCGCCAAAUAUAGCGUGACCGUGGGUUCCAGUCUGUCCUCAGCUGGCACUGUAGCCAUGGCAAUGAUGGUCCUGAUCGUUGCCCUGGUCACAGGAACCAUGGCCUACACUUACAAACGAUUCAAAGCCUACCUUCCUCUGAAGGAGGAGUCUGUGGUUGGCUCCACCUCCCAGAGCGCUGAGAGCAGUCCUGGUUGGAGCUCUGGGCCUCUACUGUUCUGGAACCUUCUGAGUCGAUGGAACCUUAUAGAGAACAGCCCACUGCUAGAUGACAGGCUGGUGUGAAUGGAAAACAAACCAUUCGACUGCCAAAUACACAACAGCAUAGAAACAUCUGUCAUCUGAAAUGUUUUGCUUUUUCUUUAAUCGAUUUUUUAUACAUUUACUUUUUAACUGAAAGUUCAUUAAUGGAUAUAAUUUGGCUUAUUACCAUCAAACUUAAAUGUGCAUCCUCAAAUGUUUAUACUGGAAGUUUUAUCAGUGAAUAGUAUUGUAAACUACUGUGAAGUCAGACAUUUAUAUGUAUUUUCCCCAUUAAAAUCCCCCCCCAAAACUGUA